UGGGAUCUCCACGCAAUUGUUGGCUGGGUAGUUAUUUUUAUUUUAAUUUACUUUUAUUUUAUUUUGCGGUGGUUUUGUUUUUUGGCACAUUAAGGCAUGGAUCAGUGCUGGUACCAUGGAACUAUCACCCGCUCCAGAGCUGAGGACUUGUUGUCUAAAGUGGGCAAGGAUGGAAGUUUCCUUGUGCGGGCCAGUGAGUCCAUCUCCUCAGCAUACGCCCUCUGCUUGCUGUAUCGGAACUGUGUGUAUACCUACAGGAUUCUACCUAAUAAGGAAAAUAAGCUAGUUAUCCAGGCAUCUGAGGGUGUUCCAGUGCAGUAUUUCAACAACUUGGAUGAGCUGAUAGAGUUUUACAAAAAAGAUAAUAUGGGUCUGGUCCGGAGCCUCAAAUACCCAGUCCAACGGGAAGAGGACGAGGUGACGGAUGACCCAGAUGAGUAUGUAGAUUUUGUUUCUGCAAGACCUGUAUUACCUCCACGCAGUAUUUCAGUAGCACCUUUGACAAAUGAGGCAAAAGAAGAUUCCUCUCCAAAUGGAAAAGUGGAAGUGAGCAAGCCAUCCCUUUCUGAGACAUUACUCCAGCGGUUACAGCACCAGGACACCAGCAGUGUUCCAGAAGAACAUCUGAAACUCAUUCAGGAUUAUCUGCGUGUCCAUAUCAGCAACGAUCUUGAGGCAGUGCAGCUAGGCUCAGGAGGUCUCCCUCAGCUGAAGAAACUGCUCUCAGUGCUGUGCAAAGGACUCUUCAGUGAGGUGUCUCGAACUCUUCCUUCUCUGGAGUCCAUCCAGCGGGUAUUUGACCAGCAGCUGCCUCCUGGUAUCCUUCGACAUUCUCAGCCCUGUUCUGAAGCCAACCGCUCAAAACUUGGCCAGUUGACCUGCUUGCUCUCUUCCAUUGAAGAUACGGUAAAGACACUAUUAAUUGAAGGGCCUGAAGCAACCCAUCGACGAUCCCUUAUUCCUCCAGUAACCUUUGAGGUGAAAGCUGACUCUCUUGGAAUUUCUUCCAAGAUACAUCUUAAAGUUGAUGUUGAGAUGGGAAAACUCAUUAUCAAGAAAGCUAAGGAUGGGCCUGAAGACAAGUUCUAUACCCACAAGAAAAUUCUACAGCUCAUCAAGUCCCAGAAGUUCCCUAACAAGUUGGUGAUUGUCCUGGAGACAGAAAAAGAAAAAACACAGAGAAAAGAAUAUGUCUUUGCUGACUCUAAGAAAAGAGAAGGGUUCUGCCAGCUUCUGCAGCAAAUGAAGAAUAAACAUUCUGAACAACCAGAGCCUGACAUGAUCACCAUCUUCAUUGGGACCUGGAACAUGGGUGAUGCUCCUCCACCAAAGAAGAUCAGCUCCUGGUUUCUCUCCAAAGGGGAGGGGAAGACCCGUGAUGACACAGCUGACUAUAUUCCACAUGACAUCUAUGUAAUUGGCACACAGGAGGACUGCCUGGGAGACAGAGAAUGGCAAGAUAUCCUAAGACAAUCCUUGCAAGAGAUUACCAGCAUCAGCUUUAAAGUGAUAGCAAUCCAUACCCUCUGGAACAUCAGGAUUGUUGUCCUCGCCAAGCCUGAACAUGAGAAUCGCAUAAGCCACCUCUGCAUAGACAAUGUGAAGACAGGAAUUGCAAACAGAUUGGGCAACAAAGGAGCUGUGGGAGUGUCGUUCAUGUUUAAUGGAACCUCCUUUGGUUUUGUAAACAGUCAUUUGACUUCAGGAAGUGAAAAGAAACACAGGCGAAACCAGAACUAUACAAGUAUUCUACGCUUUCUGCAACUGGGAGAUAAGAAGUUGAGUCCAUUUAACAUCACGCACCGCUUUACUCAUCUCUUCUGGCUGGGAGACCUCAACUACCGCUUAGAAUUGCCUCCAAUGGAAGCAGAGAAUAUCGUCCAAAAGAUCAAACAGCAGCAGUACGCGGAGUUGCUGUGUUGUGACCAGCUCCUCAUGGAGAAGAGGGAUCAAAAAGUGUUCCUACAGUUUGAUGAGGAAGAAAUAACUUUUGCUCCAACCUAUCGCUUUGAAAGGAACACCAGGGAAAAUUAUGUCUACACCAAGCAGAAAACGACAGGAAUGAAAUACAAUUUGCCAUCCUGGUGUGAUCGAGUGCUUUGGAAAUCAUAUCCCCUGGUGCAUGUGGUGUGUCAGUCUUAUGGAUGUACCAGUGACAUCAUGACAAGUGAUCACAGUCCUGUCUUUGCCACAUUUGAAGUUGCAGUCACUUCUCAAUUUGUCUCAAAGAACGAAGCCAAGUACACAGAUUCCCUGGGACAGAUUGAAUUCAUGCGCUGCAGCGCCACUCUUAAAACAAAGUCACAAACAAAAUUCUACAUUGAGUUCUACUCCAGCUGCCUAGAAAGCUUUGUGAAGAGCCAGGAGGGAGAGAAUGAGGAAGGAAAUGAAGGGGAACUGGUGGUAAAGUUUGUAGAAGGCCUUCCUAAGCUGACUCCAAUUAUUUCAGACCCAGAGUAUCUACUGGACCAACACAUUCUGAUCAGCAUCAAGUCAUCAGACAGCGAUGAAUCGUAUGGAGAAGGUUGCAUUGCCCUUCAGAGUGGAGCUACAGAAUCCCAAGUCCCUAUCCGAACUAUGCUAACACACCAUGGGGAGAUGACAGGAGAAUUCCAAGGAGAAUUCAAGCUACAGACUUCCCAAGGCAAACAGAGAGAGAAACUCUAUGACUUUGUGAAGAUUGAGCGGGAUGAGUCUGCUGGACAGAAACCAGCGAGAGGAAUGUGCAACAUAGACCAUGGCAAAGAAUGGGAGUCCACAAAUAGGGGCUCUUCUUCGAACAGGAGAUCUAGCCAGCUGGUAGCCAAAGAAGCAGCCGCUCUUGCUCGCUGUCGUGGAACCAUAACAGCAUCUCUGGACGAGGGCAAAGAAGAUCACUUGCGUACAACAGCCACAGAUAUCAACAAUCCAAACUACUUACGAAUGGCUGCUGCUUCUCAACAGUUCUGCUCAGCAAGUCAGCUUAAACAGAUCCCAUCACCUGACCAGUCAGCUGCCCUCUGGAAUUAUGACCUACAACCCAAAGACACCACUUCUCUCAUGGGACUGGAGUCUCCCACUGUGCCUUCCAACCUAUCACCCCAGUCGCCAAGACCACCCGCUCAGGUUGUAACUCAUCGAAUUUCCGGUCCCAGGAAUCAGGACCACCAAGUAUAUGCUGAGGUGAGGAAAAGCAUGGUAGAAUCCUCACUAUUGGAAGAAAUGCAUCCCCAACUAGAGAUGAUUGACAACCCACUCUAUGAUUACACAAAAUCCAAAGACAAACUGGUGUCUAAGAGAGAGCAAGAACUGAUCAAGGCUCCACGAAAAGAACUACCAUCUACCCCUGAUCAGAGCUUCCCUUUUACCAAACUGCAGGAGGAUGAGAGCAGCAAAAUUUGUAACAAGCAACAAUCCCCUCCUCCUUUCCUAGUUCCCACACCCCGAUUUCGUUCUUACACUUGUUCUGCCCAAUCAGAGGAAAAGACUGUCCCAAAUGAAAAGACUCAGAGCAAGCACAAGCCCUGUGCCAGUGCAGAUGCUCUGGUGCCAGCAAAGAAACCUGUCAAGCUUUCAAGGUCUGAAGCAGGGCAAAGCAAACCACCUCUUCCGUCCAAGAGCCAAAUGGUGCUUGACAUGCUGAACCCCAAAGGGCGAGAUUAUCGUGAGAGUUUGGAAUUCCCACACCUCAGAAAGCACCAAAAUGAAGAGGGGACUGCUCCUGGAACAACGGUGCCACCGAUACGAACAUCGAAGAUGAGAUCCUUGGAUGAGUCCUGAAAAGAAUCAGACCUUUCCCAGAGUCUGUGUUAUUUCCUGGCCUGGAACCAGAUUUUUAAUGUGUAAAAGAGAGACACUCAAUAUAUCUGCACACAUCUUUUGAGAAUCAAGGGUAGUUAGACCAACAGUCAUCAGGUUACCAUUAGACUUUGCAACUUUGGCAAUUCUUCUGAGAUCAAAGAGGUUGUCUUAUGAAAGGUACAGAUGUGGGAAUGGGAAAGAUCAUAGGUCAGGUACAUCCAAAGACUGCUCUGGACACACUAUUUGUCUUUGUAGGUUACCAUAUUUUCAGGUCUGAGCAAGAAAGCAGACUGCUUACCAACAACUAUCUAGACAAUGGCAAAGCCUACUCCAUUGCAUUUUUCCUUACUGAUGAAGAGAGAGAGGAAGAGCAAAAAACACAGGUGUUUUGAACGUGCGCAGUCUUAUAACUGCAACAGGAAUAGAGCAGAAAGAAUAUGGAUUUUCUGCAAGUGUAAAAACAUGUCCUUUGGGCUACAGCUCUUUUGAUUAUCAUUGCUAUUGUCCCACUCCCCAGCUAGGGGAAGGGAGAAGAAGAGAGCUCUGACUCUAGAAAGCUUACACUUGGAAGUUCUUGUUGGUCUUUAAAAUGCCACUGGACUCAAAUCCUACUAUUCCCCAGCUAGUUCUAUAUUUCCUUGAUCUGUAAUGUAAAUCAGGAUGAAAGAGCUCCCACUGAAGUAUAGAAAUUCCUAGAGGAUAAGGCCAAUAUGCUCAGUGACCUGAUCUAUACUCCUGUAUUAUUGAGGGAAAUGUGGAGGUUUGUUUAUCAUCUUCAAGCACAAAUGAGAAAUAAAUAGAAACAACCAUUCCAGCCUUUUCCAAAGGCAACCCUUCUGUUAAUUAGAAAGUCUUUCAGGUUGGUUAGUAUCAAGAUUUGUGCUAGCUUCUUUCACAUCAGCAAUAAUGUUACAUUUGUCUUUAUUGUUAUAUCCAUCUCUGACUUUUAGAUACAGCUUUGGCAUAAAACUGUGUAGUUUACAUCA